CUCUCUCCCUCCUUUUGCGCCUCGCGUGAGGUUCGGUGCCUGCCCGUUCCCUGCUUCUCGGAAUCGCCUCAGCACUAAAUCUUCUCCUUCAGAAUCGAUCGAUUGCUACCGAUUUAUUCGAGUUUCUUUCCCAGUUAGGUGAUUUCACGAGUCACAUAGAAAAUGGACAUUGAUGAAAUACUUUGUGAUGUCCGGGUUGUCAAUCUUCCGACCAAGAGUGCAAUUUAUAUCUGGGGUUAUAAUCACAACGGGCAGACAGCAAGGAGGGGAAAAGAAUGCCACCUGAGGAUUCCAAAGAGUCUUCCACCGAAGCUCUUUAAUUGUGCUGGAGGAGAGAUCCUCAGAUGGUUGGAUAUUUCUUGUGGCAGAGAACACACUGCAGCAGUAGCUUCUGACGGAUCUCUAUUCACAUGGGGUGCUAAUGAUUUUGGUCAGUUGGGAGAUGGUACAGAGGAGAGAAGAAAGUAUCCCAUAAAAGUCAAGUCAUUGCAAACAGAAUAUGUGAAAUCUGUUUCCUGUGGAGCACAUUGCACUGCUGCUAUUGCAGAACCUCGAGAAAAUGAUGGCAUAUCAUCCAGAAGCAGGCUUUGGAUCUGGGGACAAAAUCAGGGAUCAAACCAUCCUCGUCUAUAUUGGGGAGCCUUUGCUUCAAAUACGGUUAUAUGCCAAGUUUCCUGUGGAGCAGCUCAUGUAGUGGCUCUCUCUGAGGAAGGCUUACUCCAAGCAUGGGGUAAUUAUUCAACACUCACGCGCUUUCAAAAUGUUGGUUGGUUUCUAAUACUUGGCUACAAUGAGUAUGGCCAGCUUGGCAGGGGUGUCACUUCUGAAGGAUUACAGGGAGCUCGGGUAUUGAAUGCCUUUGCCAAGUUCCUAGAUGAACCCCCUGAGCUUGUGAAGAUCAGGCAAGUGGCAUGCGGGGAGUACCACACAGCAGCAAUAUCUGAAGAUGGUGAUGUGUAUACUUGGGGUCUGGGAAACAUGGGACAGCUUGGUCAUUCUUCUUUGCAGAGUGGUGACAAAGAGCUGCUACCAAGGCAGGUAGUUGCGCUUGAUGGUAUAGCCAUAAGGGAUGUGGCAUGUGGUGGAGUUCAUACUUGUGCUUUAACUGUAAAAGGAGCACUGUACACGUGGGGUGGUGGCCAGGCAGGGCAGCUUGGACUGGGUCCUCAGAAUGGUUUCUUUUCCUGUUCUCUGAAUACAUCAGAUAUACUGCUGCGCAAUCUUCCGGUCUUAGUCAUACCUAAUGGUGUAAGGCUUGUUGCCUGUGGUCAUUCUCACACGCUCAUCUCCAUGAGAGAUGGAAGAAUUUAUGGUUGGGGAUACAAUUCCUAUGGUCAGGCAGCCAAUGGGAAAUCCACAUAUGCCUGGUCCCCUUCACCAGUCGAUUGGUGUGUCGGGGAGGUUAAAAGGCUGGCAGCUGGUGGUGGUCAUUCGGCUGUGUUAACUGAUGCUCACACCUUGAAAGAAUUGUGCGAGUUCAGGCUUGCAGAGAGUGUAAAUCUAUCUAAUUGCUUUACAAUUGCUGAUAUUGCAUCUCGAACUAGUGCAGAUUCCUUGGCACGACUGUGUAAAAGAUAUAGGGAACAUUUGGUUGAACAGGGUAAUUGUGAUAACCAAGAGGAAGAAGCCAGCCCAGAGUUCUAAAGCCCAGGGUUAUCACUCUGGUCCAUUCAUCAUUCAACUAUUUAUUGUUAAUAUGUGAUAGUAAAAAUUACUAAACAUUAUCCUGUUAAACAGUGAUUGUGUUAAUAUACUUGGAACUGGUCUGUAAAGAUCAAUUACAUUUUAUUAUUUGGUUAAAACAGCUUUUGACCAUUAAAAUGUCUUUGGUCAAAACAAAGAUAACAUUGUAGCACCUAUGACAAAAUUUAAAAGUUUGUUUUUAUCAUUAUUA